AUGUAGUCCUUUUUUCAAAAUUAAAAAAUAUAAAUUAUUCUAUCACUAAUAAAGUAAACUAGUCUAUUAAACUGCAGAUAAUAAAUAGGUCAAUAGAAUCAAAUAAUCUUUUCCAUAAAACAUUUUUUUUAUAUAUUUUUAUUUAAUAAAAAUUUAUUUUAAUUUCAAUAAAUUUUACAUUUUUAAAUAUGUAGUUUUACUAUUAUUUAGGUUUUUAAUGCGUAUUGGUUGAAAAAUGACAAAAUAUCUAAUUAAAUUUUAUUUUAAAGAAAGAAAAGCCAUGAUCAUACUACCGUAGUUCAUCGUAGUCUUGUAUCCUAAUAAUUUCCUAUGUUAAGGAAUGAAGAAUUAUUGAUAAUUUUAGCUAAUUUUUCUACUCUUCAGCUUUUAGGCUAGGUAACCAAAAUGAGGGACUAUGGUAAUACGUCUAAAACUUAAAAUUAUCCUUAAUAAAUUGCAAUUAUUAAGAUGAAAUUUAAUAAAUAUCUUUAUACUAAAAUUUAUGAAAAAUACAGUCAUUUUAUGUAAUCUACUUUUCUAAAUCAAAAGUAAAUCCUAAUAAAUCAAUUCUUCUUUGUAAAUUAAAAAAAUUUUAAUUAUUCAUUUAUCUUUUUUAAUAACUAAAUACAUUUCAUGCAGUUAAUAAAUUCUAAAUAAAUAAAUUAAGUUUAUCUAAUCUCCUUUAAACCAAAUUUAAAUUCAAUAAAUAAAUUUUUUUGUGGUGAAAAUUAAUAAAAAAUACGCAUAAAGAGUAUUUGUUUUUUCUAUUAAUGUUAAGUUUUUGGAUAGUUUUUAAAGUGA